GCCAUGUGAUCUGGCGGAAUUUAUUUUUCCUUCCAAUUCCCCUCACUUCGUCCCACUCUUAAAACCCCCCUUCAAUCUCCUCCUCCUCCACCACCAAUCCUCAUGGACCAAUCCCUCUCCCACAACUCCUCCUCCACUUCCUCCACCCCGAAUCCCGAAGACUCCUUCCCCCACACCAGAAAGCGAAACAGAGAUCUCAAGCCGCCGAAAUACCGCGGCGUGCGGAUGCGAAACUGGGGCAAGUGGGUUUCCGAAAUCCGCGAGCCGAAGAAGAAAUCGCGCAUCUGGCUCGGCACUUUCCCCACCGCCGAAAUGGCCGCGCGCGCGCACGACGUCGCUUCCCUCACCAUCAAGGGCCAAUCCGCCCAGCUCAAUUUCCCUCACCUCGCCGCCGAAUUCCCUCGCCCCGCCACCACCUCCCCUAAGGACAUCCAAGCCGCCGCCGCAAAGGCGGCUGCUUUCACCUACCGCCAACCACCUCUCCCCAAGCAGUCAACUCCUCCGGCCACUCCGCCGUCCUCUAGCGAUGAAGACGCCGCAUUUCUGGACCUCCCGGACAUCAUUGAUUUCAGAGCGGGUUGGGUUUCGUUGUGGACGGAUGAGCUGAAUUUCAGAUUUUUAUGGGAGUAUUAGUGCCGCUAAUUAGCUCACAUAUACUCCAUUAAAUUUCUGCAUCUUUUAUUGUAAGAUUUUGUGUAAUUGAAAGUUAAAUCUUCCACCAAUGGAAGAAGGAAGAAGAUUACUUUAGGAUUUUAUAAAGGGGAGAGGACAAAAGCUUAUUCCCUUGCUGGAAAUAAAGAAUGAUUGAUGAUUGAUUAAUCGAUAUUGGCUUGAAAGGGUGUGGGAAUUUUGUGGUUAGUGCAUGGUAAUGAUAUCAUUGGGUUUUCAUUAAUUAAUUGUGGUUAGAGCGCUUUUUUGGCUGAUUUUGGAGUGAUGAUGA